AUGACUCGAAGACCUGGGGGAGGACGCCAACGCCUGUUCACACAACAGCAGGAACUUGCCGUUGUGGACCUAGUGAGGGCAGACAAUGCCAUCCGUCUCCACCAGCUACGAAAGACAAUACUUGCAGACAGGCAAGUGUUCAACAACAUAAACCAUGUGAGCAUCACCACCAUCAGACGCAUCUUGGGAAAACACAGCAUCACCAUGAAGCAGCUCUACAGAGUCCCAUUUGAGAGGAACAGUGACAGGGUCAAAGGACGUCGAGCUGAAUAUGUACGGAGAAUCUUGGCCAUGGAUGGAGCUGCACAGCCUCAUGAAUUCAUUUUCAUUGAUGAAGCUGGAUUCGACCUGUGCAAAACAAGACGACGGGGUCGUAAUGUAAUUGGCCAAAGGGCAACUGUGCACGUCCCAGGGCAGCGCAGGGGAAAUAUCACAUUGUGUGCCGCCAUAAGCCUUCGAGGGCUUCUGCAUCAUCAUGCAAAACUAGGUCCAUACAAUAGCCAACAUAUUUCUAACACAUUUCUAGAUGCUCUCCAUAAUAUAGUUGUACAGAACAGCCCAGAUCAGCCCAGGUUUGUGGUGAUAUGGGAUAAUGUCAGUUUCCAUCGGGCUGCUCUGGUCCAGGCCUGGGUCUCCAACCACAAUCAACUUGAAGUUGUAUACUUGCCCCCUUACUCACCAUUUUUAAACCCUAUAGAGGAAUUUUUUUCGGCUUGGAGAUGGCAUGUAUAUGACCGCCAACCACAUGCCCGCAUGCCUCUUCUGCAGGCAAUGAAACAGGCCUGCGGCGACAUUCCGGUAACAGCAAUCCAUGGAUGGUUUUGA